AGAUUGGAAGUUUAUAAUUAUAAUGGGCGUUUAGGUGAGGGCCUAGAUAUUAAAAAAAUUUGACAGUCAAGAUCUCAAGAAGCAGUAGUUGCACUCCAUCGCGAUUGGAGAUUGGAAGCCAAACUCAUUUCGUUGAAUUUUCACUCUCCAAACAGUCAUCCGUGUGUACUCUGUGAUCCUUGUUUGACAUCGAAAUCAAUAUCACUACUUGAUUUUCCUCUUACUCUAAUCAAAAUUUCGAGUAAUUCCCCCUCAAAAGAAAGAAAAAAGAGUUCCACUAUCUCAUUCUCAUCAUCGGUUUGCUAGAUCAAAUCUAGUGCAUGUAUCUCUAGCUUUAGCUGUAAAUCAUUAUUUCUAAGCGCGAAAUUUCUGUUCUCUUUUGUUCUCCUUGAUGAUUUCAUCGAGUAUGUUUGAGGGUUUCAGUGCCAUUACGAUAUUUCUUCUUUCGAUAGGAUGAGUGGUCCGUCAUAUGGAGCUAGUACUCCAAAGACCUUCGAUGCAUAUCCGAGAGUUGAAAUUGAUAUUGAAUCUUUAGGGUUCAGAAACCCAAGAAGAGCAAGAAAAUCUGAAUUGAACCUCAUCAAAAUGUUUAAAUCAAUUACGAAUCGAUUCAAGUAUUAUUUCAAGUUGCAUCCUGUUUUAGUGUUUUUCCUAUCAUUGUCAUUUGGGGUUACAAUUUUAACCAUUAUUACAUUAUACGAGAGUCGUGUUCGAUUAAUGCGUACUUAUAGAGAAUUCGAUGCGAAGCCGGAUAAUUAUCCGCUCCCAAAGCUUAAAAACCUUGUAAUGGUUGCUGGGCAUUCUGUAUAUACAAGUAGUAAUUGUGGGAAAGUUGAUAGUGAAAAUUCGUGGUUUUUGGAGUCGUACCAAAAGCAUCCCGGUCAAGCUGCUACGUUUUUGUCCCAUAUAAAGGAGGGUGUUGAAGUUGCAGCUAAGGACAGUCAGGCAUUGCUGUUAUUUAGUGGGGGAGAGACUCGAAAAGACGCCGGUCCUCGCAGUGAAGCCCAGAGUUAUUGGCUUGUUGCUGAAUCAAAAGGGUGGUUUGGGGAAGGAAAUGUCAGGGAGAGAACACUUACUGAAGAGCAUGCAAGGGAUAGUUUUGAAAACCUUCUCUUCAGUGUGUGCAGAUUCCGGGAGCUCACAGGCACUUAUCCUCAAAAUUUAACAGUUGUGAGUUAUGAUUUCAAAGAGGAGAGGUUUGCGGCACUGCAUAGGCUGGCAAUUGGGUUUCCUGCAUCAAGGUUUUUCUAUGUAGGCACCCCUGCAUCAGAAACUUCUGAAGUAGCUGCAAAGAAAGGUGAAUCAUUAGUGAGAUCUCAAUUUGAACAAGACCCAUAUGGAUGCCUUAGCUCGCUUCGUCACAAGAAGUUGAGGCGUGAUCCUUUUCAUCGGUCAAUUCCAUAUCCGAAUGGUUGUCCUGAAAUUGAAGGCUUAUUCAAAUAUUGUGGAACAUCUUUGUUUGGGGGUCCUCUCCCAUGGAGCUAGUAUAUAUCUCUUUGUGUGUAUCCAACCGGUGAAGUCCACACAUUGAACUUCUGAAUGUUGUAUUGCAGAUUUGUUUGGUUGACAAAGAAAAAUCAUAGGAAGUGAAAGUCCUGGAAUAAGAUAAAACUGUAAAGUUUGGUUGAUAAAAGCAAACCUAGUAAGAGGUUUUACUUCUCA